UUUCGACACACUGGAGAUGUUAACCGGAAAGUGAUAUAUAUGGACUAUUUUUAUCCAGAACAGAUUCAAUAUAUACGAACGAUGCAAAAUUAAUGACUGAUAAAGUUAGACUUAAUCCCAAGAUGAGUUCAUGAUGUCGUAAACAAACAUACAGACUGGUUUCCGGGAAUAAAUGAAAGAUGGCGUCUGCUAGCUGGAACCAAGAAACUAAAGCAAGAUUAAAUGAGAAAAUCACGGCUAACAUAAACGAUCUUGGUUCACUGGCGCGUCAGGUUAUAAGGGGAUCAAAGUCGAACGAUCUUCUUGCUCAAGCAGCCAAAAACUUUUCUUCCCAGGAGCCCUGCAUCAAUCAUUCCUUUGAUACACUUAAGAAGCUGGACCACAUCAAAUCACAACUAGAAUUUCAACAAGCUGCCAUAGAGAGAAGUAUGGGGAAUCUGGAUGAAAUACAAGAUGAACUGAAGACUGUUCAGAGAAGAUGACGUUGAUGAAGAUGAUGUUGGUGUGCUGGUUUGCUUGACAAUGACACCAGGUGUCUGUUCCACUAAGUGAUCUUCGUGCCACCCCUUCAUAAAGCACUAAGGUUACAUAGUGGAACAGACCAGGGUGACCCUUUCAUGAAGACUGAAACACAUUUCUCUGCAUAUGCUUAUUUCAUAUUUAUAGAUAAUGGAUCAACGUCUCCACACAAUAAGAGAUAUGUUUAAUGUUGUCUUGGUCAUUGUUGACUGUGAGUUAAGCUAGGCUCUGGAUAAUGUUUUCAGCCAGUUAUACGUUAUUACAUGUUUAUUAUUCAGAUUGGAUAAUGAUAUUUUGUUUAGGGGAUGUGGGUAUUAAGUACAUUAUAACUAUGAAGAAGUUUCACAUUUUUCACUUUAAUGAUUUUGAACAUGUUGUCAACAGUUCCUUUUUCAAAAAAUUUGGAUGGAAUCUAAAUUUGUUGUGGGUUUAGUGGUGUUUACCUGCUACACUUUGUGUCAUAAGAAUCAGAGUGCUGUCUAUUUCUGGCUUGUUGAACACACUAUACAGCUUUACUUGGGAACAUUAUGAUUAAAUUCUUACUCAACAGAUUUUCCCUUUAAAAGUGUUUCUUCAUUUUCAUAAGUAUAUAUCAUGUAUAUAGACAUGUAUUAUGUCAGUGUCACUGUCUAGGUACUCUUAAUUCCAACAGAGUUGGAAAGAAUGUAGUUUGUUGCACAUAGUGAUGUAUAAUAUAUAAUGUGUGUGAGUGAGUGUGAGAGUGAGUUAGUGCAAGGACACUAUUGAUUUCAGUUUUUGUGCAAUUUUUAUAUUAGUUGGGACCAUGCACUGGAGAACACAAUGUGGAGUACUUGUUUGUACAAUCUUUACACUCUUUGUAAUUGAUUGAAAAAGCUCCCUGACUGAAAUCCAGGUGAGAUUCCCCAGCAGUAUGUGCUACCACACCGACUGGCUUGGCAUGUUGCAUAACAUAGUACCCAAGGUGAUGUUACUUGUUAUGUCUAUCACUGGUUUGUCUAGUCCCAUCUUGAUCAUGUACAGGCUGAGGUCAUGUAGCUGGAAUAUUGCUGAACAUGAUGUUAUUUUACGAAAAAUAUAUGAAAUAUGAUAUAACAUAUAGAACGUACAUUUUGAAAGUCUAAAUUGGCUCUUUAUUGCCAACUUGGAUCAGAUGAAUCUAUAAUCCAGAACAAUAUAUAAAAUGAUGGGCAACAGUUAGGAUUUGUGUCAUGCUAUGAUUGUAAAUAAUUAAACAUCUACAACCAAACA